AUCGAUCCGCAAAUGAAGCCAUUUCUCGGCACGUUCGACUCGAGAAAUACCGUCUCUUAAGCGCCCUUCUACGCGUAUUUCUUCCUGGCGAUUUAAAUCGUAAGCCUAGCUGCGGGCAAACGUACUUUUACGGGAUGUUCGAGAAGCGCGUUCGUUUACCCAGAAGCUUUAUUUGCAAAACGAAGAUCGCACGGUGCAAAGCAAAAGAGUCCUUCGAGCGUUGCUUGAAAAAACGAAAUUUAGUCUUGGAGCUUCGCUAUUUAAUGUACAAGGAGAAUUCACGGACGUACGUACGCCGAACGAAACGUUCUUCGAAAAAAAACUGUUAUCUUUCCAUUAUCCAAAAAAGUUACUCUUAAAAGGGACAUUGUAACGUAAAAAAUAAACGCCGAGCUAAAAUGUCGAAUGUUGCCAAACUUGCUCUUCCAUCGGAGUAACUUAAUAUUCCGCAUACCCUACGACCCCAAAGUGGACCUACUUUCUCUAUAGUAUUCUCCUUACAACGUCAAAGAUACAAGGAAAAUCACGAAAAACCGUUUCAACCUUCCAUUAACCGAAACUCUCUUACUCUCGCGCAAUCCCAUUGAAACGAUCUUUCGUCGAAACUUCGAUCGUUCGAACUUGGUUUCGUCUUUCAAAGAACGAUUCGAGCCUCGAAUCGUGGACGCGAAUCGAACCGGCUGUCAUCGAAUCGAUACCUGUCCAGGUCUCUCUAUCGUUACUCGAAAGCGUUAACGAUCGUUGGCAAAACCACGAGACACGUUCCUAUCCGAUCGAUCAAGAAACCAAGCGACCGUUCUCGUCGGCGCGACGGUCGGGAUUGCGGCCGUCGAGCGUGUAACACAAAGGCGGCUACGAGUACGAGUUGCAGGAUCGAUAACGCCUUUAGAACGCUACCGGACAUGUACGUGGAACGAGGCGUAGAACGCGAUGACCAACGGCGUAGAGGCUAGCCGCGUGACCCUUCGACACGAGGGUACCCCGGAGUCGCUACCCCGUGCGGAUAGAAGGCAGCGAACAGGGAAAGACACGCUUAGUCUCGGGUCUAACGGAUACGUAUUUACCUACCGUACUUAUAUAGAACCGAAGAACACCGUAGGAGAAACGUCGUAUGGGAUUAUUGAGCACCACUGGCUUCUACCUGGUCGUUAAUAGGAGAGCGGAGAGCACGGAAUGUCCUCGUAAAAGCGAGCGAGAGGGACGGCGAGAUUGAAGGGGAUAGACGAGGAGGACACGGAUGGCGGGCUGGUGUUUAAAGAAGGACACUCGAUAUAGGAGGCAUUGUACCCGGUUACCGUCAGCCGUUCCAGGUGCUGGAGGGCAGUCGGCUCUCGCCACGGGACGGGCAUAUACGCUUGCAUUUCCUUCUCCGUGCGAACGAAAGGAAUCGUCGUGCCUCGUCGAUCGCACGCAGCGACGGCCGCGUGUUUGUUCAAGAGGAGAACGCGAGAAAAGACAGAAGAGAAGCGACGCGCGGCUUUUGGCGAGUUUCUCUAGCCACUAGCCAACGAAACGGACCGAUCGUCAUCGCGGUCGUGGUCGUGGUCGUGGUCGUGAUCGUCGUCGUGGUCGUCGUGUGUCUGCACCGGGAAUCGGGACGCACAGCCGGCGAAACGCGCGCGAGUGGGAGAGGAUUGACGACGGGAGAGCGAGAGAGAGAGAGAGAGAGAGAGAGCGAGGGGGAGGGGGAAGAGAGCGAGACCGAGUAAAAGGCAACAGGGGGGAAAGAGAGUCGAGGAGAGAAAGAGAACGAAAGAAAGAAAGGAAAAUAAGGAGGGAAGAAGCGACAGGGACGGCUGUGGAUCGUGUGCCGCUCUGCAGUGCGACAUUCGACGACAACACACGCUCGUUGCUUCCCGUCCCUUCUACGGCACACCGAGUGCUAAUCAACUUUCGUACACACGCGCGCUCCUCCGCGUCUCCUUCGGUGAUUCCGCUUACGGACCCGUGCUCUCUUCACCGCCUUAAAAACGCCGUUUCUCUUUGUUCCCGCGACUCCUUCGACCUCGACGCUGCUCGAAUCCGCGAGUCGAUCGGACGCUGCACGCUCGUCGAUACGCUCGCGCGAGCUUGUCUCGCCUAUACGUAUAUCAUAUAUACGUAGAAGAAAGUUACGUGACUGUACAAGGAUCGAGGGGGAACGUUCGUAAGGGCCGGUUUCUAACGACGAGGUUUCCAUUCCGAUCGAGACGUUAGUUCCCUUCGCGACGAUCGAUGUGGUGAACGAGUGAAACGACGCGUUCCAAGUACGAUCGGCGAAAGGUAUUUCAGAAUUUGGUGAAUCGAUUUGCGAGAGAAAGGGAAAAAGAAGAGUCACGGUCGACGCGUUUUUCCCCGCGCGUCAGAAAAUCCGGCGGUUUGUAAACAGAGAGAGAGAGAGAGAGAGAGAGAGAGUUUGGACGAGUGGCGAAACGAGCAGACGCUGCUACUCGCUUUUAUCGACGAUCGUUUCAACGUGCGAAUCUUGUGCGAAGAAAAACGUAAUCCGAGGGGCCGAGUGCGGUGUUGGCGAGACGCUCAGGCAUCGACGGAGGAGGAUGUGCAGGAGGUCGGCCUGGUGAUACAGCCUGGUCGAUGUCUUCCGGGCGACGGUCACGUCACGGACGGCAUGCGAGACACGAGCCACGUGAAUGUUGUACGCCGUUGAACCUUCCUUUCCGCCAGGCGAAUUAUUCUGGACCGGCAUGGAACCCGUGAAAGCCAAAAUGGCUCCUACAGGGAUGCCCCCAGUCACCGGUGUUCUACAGCCACCCACGGGAUCGACUCUGUCAGGGAGCACGAUAGCGAACUACAAGAAAAGCUGGUGGAGAAGAGUGGCCUCCUGCUUGGCGUUUCUUGCCGCUUUUUCCACUGCCAUGUCCUUGCUCCUCGUCUGGAGCGAGGCCGCGGCCUUGAGGAGGCAGGCGUUCGACGCCAACAUGACCAGGGACUACGUGUUGAACAGCGUCUCGAUGGACAAUCCUGAAUUGGUGGCGUACAUCAGAGAGGUUCAAUUGAAGCCAACCACGCAGCAGGAUCCGUCGAACGCCACUCAAACCACGGAGGAGAGGUACGUGGCGGGUCUGACCGAGGGAAAACGCGAGGGCGUGUACGUGGAGUACAUCAGCAGGAUAGGUGCCAUUUCCAGUACGGGCUGGUUGGAACGUAACUUAAGUUGGAGAGGCGUUCUGAUCCUGACUGAUCCCAGAAGCUUCUUCGAGGCGCACAGAGGCACCAGAAAUCCAAAGACCAGAGUUCUUCACGCUUGCCUCAGUACCGACAAGGAUACCAAAGAAAUUACCUAUCAUCAAGAAUCCGAGGUUCAAGUUACCAAGUUGGGCGAAGGGCCGAAUAGCCUCGUGUCGUCGGACGAGGGUUUCCCCACUACGAGAUUGAAAUGCUUCCCUUUGUACAGCGUUUUAUUGGCGUACAGUGCCACUACCUUGGAUUACCUGAGUCUAGAUAGUCCGGAUGCGCAAGACAGUCAGGUUCUGGAUACGAUCCCCUGGGAGACGACCAGGAUAUCCGUAGUGUCUAUUCGCUGGAGUCCUCACCAUAGCGAAACCGAGACGAAAAGCCUGAUCGAUAAGAUGACUAGCAGACGAUACAAGCUGAUGUACACGACCGACACUGGGAACUUGAUCUUCUUGUACAACGCGUUGCUUAAGAUUUGAACUUGCUUGACUAGGCUUGCUUUCCACCGACACAGCACCGUUCUACGUUCCUUCGUGCGUUUUUAAACAAACACGAGCCCCAACAGCGAUGAGAAAUAUCUUUCUUUCGAGCGAAUGAAAAAUUGUUCGCGGAACGGCGUUCGUGACUUUCCUUCAACGAUCGAACGAAAUCUGGGUCGUCGAAACGAUUCCGACUUCGUCGUCGAAGCGAAGAAGGGGACGCGAACUCCGUCGUCGAACGUACCUUUUAUUUUCUAUAAAAAUAUGUUUCUUACCGCGCGUGUGCGUAUCGGAUCGUAGAAUGGCCAAGAUUUUUCGUUUUCGUCCGUUCGAAUACAUCGAUACGCGUCUAGUAUCGACGAAUAGACCAGCCGUUUCUUCUUCUUCGUUUAUCUUUUUUUUUUUCCCGCGACAAAGACUGAGUCGAGAGUUACGUCCCCGAAGUAUAGUUAUCCGCAAGGACGCUGAUCGACCAGAGUCUCCGGCGUCGAACAACCUCCUUCCGACGUACGAUUCGACGAUCGAUCGUCGUUUUUGGCGCGAACAAGCUCGUACGACGAACGAAGGAAAAGAAUCGAGAGAAACGAGUGUAUUUAGUUUCGUAUUUUCGUAUUUUAGCGUAGAUUCGUUUUAAUCUAACGUCGAGCCAGUGUCGGAUCAGGACGUUUUACGAUAUUGGCGCGUUUUACGAAUAACGUAGACUUUAUUUUGUCAAAGAUCGACAGUAUCGCGACCUAGUACCCACCAAAAACGAUCGUUGCUCGCGAUUUAACGAGCGCUGUCACAGUGAUAAUGGAUUCGAUUACCUACACCACGGGCCUUAUUAGCACGUAAGUCGAUACUUAACUAAGCUAUACUAGGAUACGAUAAACUGGUUGUCCUCUGCUCCUUACCAAGGGCUGUAUCGUGCCCCUUUAUCGAGUCUCUCGUAGGAUCCCAGCAGUCGUUGCUUUUACGACCAGGAUAAAGUAGGUUCUUUAUUGUAGGGCGGCAGCGGGGGCGGGAGUUUCCAAGUUACUCGACACCAAUCAUAUUCGAGCUCAAAAUUGCCAUCUGCUCGCUUUCUUUAUUGAUUUUUCACGAUGGUCCUUACCGUUCUUGGCCUACGGCUUAUUCUCCGACCCACGAGCAAGCGAUCGCUUUUGUUCUAUUUUCUCUUAGGAUACGGAUACGGUCGUUGGCCACCUUUUGUCAUUUUGUACGAAAGACCUUCGCGUGUCUCGAGAAGUUUGCCGUCGUU